CAGGGUUACGACGCCCCAAAGGAUAUUCAUCCUCUGUAUCUAAUCAGCGCUGAGGGAGGAAAAAUGAACCAUAGUCAGCUUCUGUGUCAUCCUUCCGAAGAUAUCCAGAAACUAUCCGGGCCUUAUGCAGAUUUGAAACAAAGUUUAGAGGGUGCAUUACGUUGGGUAGUAGAAAAGGUUUUGCUGCUUCAUCCUGAUACCUUUCAAGAGAUUCUGGCUUCUGUGGAUCUUCUUCCUAUGAACGAUACUUCACCAAUCUCUCCUUUCACAAGUAUUGUGUUUAACCUCAAUGUCGGUACUUUGGCUCACAGAGAUACCAAUGACAAAUAUGCCUGUAUCUGUAUAACUGUGGGUAACCCACAAGGAGGAGAGUUAGGCUUAUAUGAGCCGCGGCUCCUAUUAGAAACUCGUAACGGAGAUGUAGCAGUUUUCUUUUCUGAUAGAAUUACUCAUUUUAACUUACCUUAU